GACUCAUCAGUAGAAAUUGUGAAGAGCUGCAGAAAAGAAGCCAAACAGACAAGCUGAUAACUCAAAGAACUCUUUUGAGUUUGGGGUUCAGAGUGGAGUCAUCAUGAGCGAUGUUACCAUUGUGAAGGAAGGCUGGGUACAGAAGAGGGGAGAAUAUAUAAAAAACUGGCGGCCAAGAUACUUCCUGCUAAAGACAGAUGGCUCUUUCAUAGGCUAUAAGGAGAAGCCCCAGGAUGUGGAUCUGCCAUAUCCACUCAACAACUUUUCAGUGGCAAAAUGUCAGCUAAUGAAAACAGAGCGACCAAAGCCAAACACAUUCAUCAUCAGAUGUCUUCAGUGGACCACGGUCAUAGAGAGGACGUUCCACGUCGACACACCAGAGGAACGGGAAGAAUGGACAGAAGCAAUCCAGGCUGUAGCAGACAGACUUCAGAGACAAGAAGAGGAGAGGAUGAACUGUAGUCCAACUUCUCAGAUAGACAAUAUAGGAGAAGARGAGAUGGAUGCUUCCACAACCCAUCAUAAAAGAAAGACAAUGAAUGAUUUUGACUAUUUAAAACUACUGGGCAAAGGCACGUUUGGCAAAGUUAUCCUGGUCCGAGAGAAGGCUAGUGGCAAAUACUAUGCUAUGAAGAUUUUGAAAAAAGAAGUAAUUAUUGCAAAGGAUGAAGUGGCUCAUACUCUUACAGAAAGCAGAGUAUUGAAAAACACCAGACACCCUUUUUUAACAUCCUUGAAAUAUUCCUUCCAGACAAAGGAUCGUUUGUGUUUUGUGAUGGAGUAUGUUAACGGAGGAGAGCUGUUUUUCCAUUUGUCGAGAGAGCGGGUGUUCUCAGAGGACCGCACACGCUUCUAUGGUGCAGAAAUUGUCUCUGCCCUGGACUAUCUGCAUUCUGGGAAGAUUGUGUACCGUGAUCUCAAGUUAGAAAAUCUAAUGUUGGAUAAAGAUGGACACAUAAAAAUUACAGAUUUUGGACUUUGCAAAGAAGGAAUCACAGACGCGGCAACUAUGAAAACAUUCUGUGGUACUCCGGAAUACCUGGCACCCGAGGUGUUAGAAGAUAAUGACUACGGUCGUGCAGUGGACUGGUGGGGAUUAGGAGUUGUCAUGUAUGAGAUGAUGUGCGGAAGAUUACCCUUCUACAACCAAGAUCAUGAGAAACUAUUUGAACUGAUACUAAUGGAGGACAUUAAAUUUCCUCGGACUCUAUCUGCAGAUGCAAAAUCAUUGCUAUCAGGCCUGCUGAUAAAGGAUCCAAAUAAGCGACUUGGUGGUGGCCCAGAUGAUGCAAAGGAAAUCAUGCGUCAUAGUUUCUUUGCUGGAGUAAACUGGCAAGAUGUAUAUGAUAAAAAGCUUGUACCUCCUUUUAAACCUCAAGUGACAUCUGAGACAGACACCAGGUAUUUUGAUGAAGAAUUUACAGCUCAGACUAUUACAAUAACACCGCCUGAAAAAUAUGACGAGGAUGGUAUGGACUGCAUGGACAAUGAGAGGCGGCCGCAUUUCCCUCAGUUUUCCUACUCUGCAAGUGGACGAGAAUAACUCCUUUGUUCUGCUGCUUCACUGUCAUCUUAGGUUUAUCACUGAAAACGAUUCCUGAACAUCACCACCAGUACUAGAUAYUACUAUGAUAGCAGGGGCACUUUCAGAGACCAUUCCAAAUUGAACAAGUUUCUUUCCCAAACCUACCUAAAAUCUGUUUUGGUUUUGCAUGACGUAUGAGACUCUCUCUACUCCGCUCUCCCACUGUUGCUGCUGCCCACAGUCUCAGUAUAGCGACGUCAAGAAGUUACUAACAGUUUCUCUGAGGGUAGAUGACUUGACUUCAGCAUUGUACACUUUGUGAACAAGUAGUCAUCUAUUYUUCCUCACAGUGGAGGCUAAACAAAAGCCGUGUUGGUCCAGCUUAUCUUCUUCCAGAAGAUGAAUCAAAAUUGUAAUUAGUCUAAACAGACUAGGCGAUAACAUUUUCUUGCAUCUGUUUGUGCUGGUUAGAAUGAGGAAACGUAAAGGUGGUGAUGUACAUAUGCAAGGUUUCUGUUAGGCAUAUCAUUACUUGAAGCAGGUCUCUGUCAUUAACAUCUGGCUGGAAUUUGUUUGGGAAAUGUUUGAGAGAAGGACUUAAACUGUUGAUAUAUAUAAAUAUAUAUAUAUAUUAUUUUUUAAUUACUGUUGGAUACUACAGAAGAAGCAGAAGGGCUGGGCUCACCCAGCCUGCCACUUAGAACUUCCAGGUUCAUGUGCAAUCAUGGAGAAUCGAACAUUAUACAUGCAAGAAAUGAAGGCAUAAAAACAGCAGUUGAAGUUGUUCAAGGGGUCUUAUAAUUUGCACCAGAUUACAUCUUUCUCAUGCUUUUCUCUUUCAUGAUAUGCAUCACCUCUGAUGGCUGAAGAAUGUAGRCAGGCAUAAUGGUAUUGCUUUUCACCAAAAUGUGUGCACCAAGGUAAACAGGUGUUUGCCUUACUUGUUUUUAUUUUGAGUUUGUGAAUUAGAUUCUUCUCCAGGUGUUUAACUCUGAAUAUUUUUCUUUUUCUUUUUCUUUUCUUUUUUUUUUUUUUUUUUUUUUUUUUGUUUUUUUUUUUUUUUUUUUUUUUUUUUUUUUUUUUUUUUUUUUUUUU